GUCUCUGAGUUUGUGGGAGAAUGUGAUUCCAUUUUGGGGAGAGGAACCGGCCUGGGCAGAGGGAGGGAUGCCCUCUGUCUGCGGGAGUCCCUCUCCCUCCCGUCUCCCAUCAUCCCAAACCGUGGGAAUGAAAGGGGUGGGGUCGGCUCCCCAUAACCCCCAAGGUCUGUUGUAGGGUGGGCAGGGGAGCUGACUUUAUUCAAAGCAGGCUCUGGGGCUCGACUGAAAGGCUAGAGGUGGAAUCAGGCGUGGGAGCCUCUUUGCCCAUAUCCUCCCCUUACCGGACUACCCUUGUGAGCUGGAGGGACCUGGUGUGGGUUGCAUGGUAAGGGGUGAUGUGGGAGCCUCCUGCAGUCUUUAGGGCGAGCGAGGACGAGGACAGGGAAGGGGGAAGAUGGCAGCGGGCACUGGACAAAUACAGGGCCUGGGAAGCUCCUUUACAUCUGGAAAGGCCCAGAAUUGAAGAAUUGAGGCCCACGUCCCAGUUUGGUGGGUGGUGCUGGCACUGCUGGGCCCUGCCUGGGCAGUGCCUCUUGCCAUGAACUUUCUGAAGUCGUUUUAAAUUCCCUGGAGCCUCCUUUUGCCAAGGAGGGCAGGGUCAGAUGGGCCCUGGGGAUGGGAUAGACAGGAGGUGGCCAGGAAGGUUUGGUGAGGCAGUGGGCAGAGCCAUCCUUAGGGCCGGGCCUUGGUCUUGGCUGGCUCCAGACUCUGGUCUCAGGCUGAUCAGGGUUUGGGAGGGACUUGAGGUCUGGGAGGCACUGAGCCUGGGCCUGCCAGGCUGAAUGGGACAUGGCUUCAGCUGUGGGAGCGGGUGGUGUGGAGAGCAGCAGAUCUGUGAGAGAGCAAAGGGACCAACACUCAGGGGAGGAGGAGGUCAGAGGUGCAAGGCUUUGGAGCCUGACUCUGGGGAGGAGAGAGGUGGUCUGUGCUCCCAGGGUUCAUAGUGAUGGGUUGCUGGACAGAGUGGGUUGGGGGACCAUAUAGAGAAGUUUUGUGGCUUGGAACAGUGCCCUCCCCUGUUCCCUGCCAUACCAGUCUGGCAUGGAGUGCCAGAAGUGCUGGGAGGCCGGCAAGUUCUCCGGUUGGGAGGAUGGGCAGUGCCUGGAGUGAAGCCCAGGGUGGGAUGGUUGCAGUUGAUUGGACAAUUACACAGCUCUGAAGCUAUCCCCUUGUGGGGUCAGAGUGUUCCUGGGAGGGUCAUGCAUUCUCCUGGAUAGUGUCUGCCCCUUUCUCUGUGGGUAUGAGCCAGAUGCUAGGAUAUGUUUCCAGGGGGCUGGGAACAUGGCCAGAAACUAGUCCUUUGGGAACAGGUCUGGGCCAGUGGUGGGGGCGGGGUGCAGAGGGGAGAUAAGAACAGGGAAGGGGACUGGUGAAUGGGAAGAAGCUGAAGCAAAAUGUGGGUGGUAGAUGGUGGUGGGAAACCUGCUUACUCUGGGCUCUGUCUCUAACAGCUCUGGGGACUGACAGCUAAGGACACAGGGACUGAUAGAACCAGGUAUCUGUCUGGCUGGAAAGACAUGUGUUCUUGCCCAUGAUUUUCUCAUCUUUCCAUCUCUUGAUGAUGACAGAGGUUUGGGCUUAAAGUGUUGUACAGUGAGGAAAAGAACUAAUAUUUUUCAGCAACAUGUCAUGGUUUAGUGGCCUCCUGGUUCCUAAAGUGGAUGAACGGAAAACAGCCUGGGGUGAACGCAACGGGCAGAAGCGUUCACGGCGCCGCGGCACUCGGGCGGGUGGCUUCUGCACGCCCCGCUAUAUGAGCUGCCUCCGGGAUGCAGAGCCACCCAGCCCCACCCCUGCAGGCCCUUCUCGGUGCCCCUGGCAGGAUGACGCCUUCAUCCGGAGGGGCGGCCCAGGCAAGGGCAUGGAGCUGGGGCUGCGAGCAGUGGCCCUGGGCUUCGAGGACACCGACAUGACUCCGGCAGGGGGCGGGACGGCUGAGGUGGCCCCCGACGCUGUGCCCAGGAGCCGGCGAUCCUGCUGGGGGCGUCUAGUGCAGGUGUUCCAGUCGAAGCAGUUCCGUUCAGCCAAACUGGAGCGCCUGUACCAGCGGUACUUCUUCCAGAUGAACCAGAGCAGCCUGACGCUGCUGAUGGCGGUGCUGGUGCUGCUCACCGCGGUGCUGCUGGCCUUCCAUGCCGCGCCCGCCCGCCCUCAGCCUGCCUAUGUGGCCCUGCUGGCCUGCGCCGCCGCCCUAUUUGUGGCUCUCAUGGUGGUGUGUAACCGGCAUAGCUUCCGCCAGGACUCCAUGUGGGUGGUGAGCUACGUGGUGCUGGGCAUCCUGGCGGCAGUGCAGGUGGGGGGCGCCCUCGCAGCUGACCCGCACAGCCCCUCUGCAGGCCUCUGGUGCCCCGUGUUCUUCGUCUACAUCGCCUACACGCUCCUCCCCAUCCGCAUGAGGGCUGCUGUCCUCAGCGGUCUGGGCCUCUCCACCCUGCAUUUGAUCUUGGCCUGGCAACUCAACCGUAGUGAUGCCUUCCUCUGGAAGCAGCUCAGUGCCAAUGUGCUGCUGUUCCUCUGCACCAACGUCAUUGGCAUCUGCACACAUUACCCAGCAGAGGUGUCUCAGCGCCAGGCCUUUCAGGAGACCCGAGGUUAUAUCCAGGCCCGACUCCACCUACAGCAUGAGAAUCGGCAGCAGGAGCGGUUGCUGCUGUCGGUAUUGCCCCAGCAUGUUGCCAUGGAGAUGAAAGAAGACAUCAACACAAAAAAAGAAGACAUGAUGUUCCACAAGAUCUACAUACAGAAGCAUGACAACGUCAGCAUCCUGUUUGCAGACAUUGAGGGCUUCACCAGCCUGGCAUCCCAGUGCACCGCGCAGGAGCUGGUCAUGACCCUGAAUGAGCUCUUUGCCCGGUUUGACAAGCUGGCUGCGGAAAAUCACUGCCUGAGGAUCAAGAUCUUGGGGGACUGUUACUACUGUGUGUCAGGGUUACCAGAGGCCCGGGCAGACCAUGCCCACUGCUGUGUGGAGAUGGGGGUAGACAUGAUCGAGGCCAUCUCGCUGGUACGUGAGGUGACAGGUGUAAAUGUGAACAUGCGCGUGGGCAUCCACAGCGGACGUGUGCACUGUGGUGUCCUUGGCCUGCGGAAAUGGCAGUUCGAUGUGUGGUCCAAUGACGUGACCCUGGCCAACCACAUGGAGGCAGGAGGCCGGGCCGGCCGCAUCCACAUCACUCGGGCAACGCUGCAAUACCUGAACGGGGACUACGAGGUGGAGCCAGGCCGUGGUGGCGAGCGCAACGCAUACCUCAAGGAGCAGCACAUUGAGACUUUCCUCAUCCUGGGUGCCAGCCAGAAACGGAAAGAGGAGAAGGCCAUGCUGGCCAAGCUGCAGCGGGCCCGGGCCAACUCCAUGGAAGGGCUGAUGCCACGCUGGGUUCCCGAUCGUGCCUUCUCCAGGACCAAGGACUCCAAGGCCUUCCGCCAGAUGGGCAUUGAUGAUUCCAGCAAAGACAACCGGGGUGCCCAAGAUGCCCUGAACCCUGAGGAUGAGGUGGAUGAGUUCCUGAGCCGUGCCAUCGAUGCCCGCAGCAUAGAUCAGCUGCGGAAGGACCACGUGCGCCGGUUUCUGCUCACCUUCCAGAGAGAGGAUCUUGAGAAGAAGUACUCCCGGAAGGUGGAUCCCCGCUUUGGAGCCUACGUUGCCUGUGCCCUGUUGGUCUUCUGCUUCAUCUGCUUCAUCCAGCUUCUCGUCUUCCCACACUCCACCCUGAUGCUUGGGAUCUAUGCCAGCAUCUUCCUGCUGCUGCUGAUCACCGUGCUGAUCUGUGCUGUAUACUCCUGUGGUUCUCUGUUCCCUAAGGCCCUGCAACGUCUGUCCCGCAGCAUCGUCCGCUCGCGGGCACACAGCACUGCAGUUGGCAUCUUUUCUGUUCUGCUUGUGUUUACCUCUGCCAUUGCCAACAUGUUCACCUGUAACCACACCCCCAUACGGACCUGUGCAGCCCAGAUGCUGAAUUUAACACCUGCUGAUAUCACUGCCUGCCACCUGCAGCAGCUCAAUUACUCUCUGGGCCUGGAUGCGCCCCUGUGUGAGGACACCGAGCCCACCUGCAGCUUCCCUGAGUACUUCAUCGGGAACAUGCUGCUGAGUCUCCUGGCCAGCUCUGUCUUCCUGCACAUCAGCAGCAUCGGGAAGUUGGCCAUGAUCUUUGUCUUGGGGCUCAUCUAUUUGGUGCUGCUUCUGCUGGGUCCCCCAGCCACCAUCUUUGACAACUAUGACCUACUGCUUGGUGUCCAUGGCUUGGCUUCUUCCAAUGAGACCUUUGAUGGGCUGGACUGUCCAGCUGCAGGGAGGGUGGCCCUCAAAUAUAUGACCCCUGUGAUUCUGCUGGUGUUUGCGCUGGCGCUGUAUCUGCAUGCUCAGCAGGUGGAGUCGACUGCUCGCCUGGACUUCCUCUGGAAACUGCAGGCAACAGGAGAGAAGGAGGAGAUGGAGGAGCUCCAGGCAUACAACCGGAGGCUGCUGCAUAACAUUCUACCCAAGGACGUGGCCGCCCACUUCCUGGCCCGGGAGCGUCGCAAUGAUGAACUCUACUAUCAGUCGUGUGAGUGUGUGGCUGUUAUGUUUGCCUCCAUUGCCAACUUCUCUGAGUUCUAUGUGGAGCUGGAGGCAAACAAUGAGGGUGUCGAGUGCCUGCGGCUGCUCAACGAGAUCAUCGCUGACUUUGAUGAGAUCAUCAGCGAGGAGCAGUUCCGGCAGCUGGAAAAGAUCAAGACAAUUGGUAGCACCUACAUGGCUGCCUCAGGGCUGAAUGCCAGCACCUACGAUCAGGUGGGCCGCUCCCACAUCACUGCCCUGGCUGACUACGCCAUGCGGCUCAUGGAGCAGAUGAAGCACAUCAAUGAGCACUCUUUCAACAAUUUCCAGAUGAAGAUUGGGCUGAACAUGGGCCCAGUUGUGGCAGGUGUCAUUGGGGCCCGGAAGCCGCAGUAUGACAUCUGGGGGAACACAGUGAAUGUUUCUAGCCGUAUGGACAGCACGGGGGUCCCCGACCGAAUCCAGGUGACCACGGACCUGUACCAGGUUCUAGCUGCCAAGGGCUACCAGCUGGAGUAUCGAGGGGUGGUCAAGGUGAAGGGCAAGGGGGAGAUGACCACCUACUUCCUCAAUGGGGGCCCCAGCAGUUAGCAGGGCCCAGCCACAAAUUCAGCUGAAGGGACCAAGGUGGGCAUUGAGAGGACUCUGUGCUCACUGGGUGGAGCUGUGGCAGGGGUCACUGGGCCUCUAGACCCUGCUAACCACAAAAGGGAACACCACAGCAGGCUGUGCUUGGAUUAUGCUCUUCUGCCCUCAAGCUGGUGAACAAGGGGCUACCUACCAAGAGGAUUAUUGCAAGUGACUUUCUUUCUUAAUUGGGGUAGAGCUGUUCCCUCUCCAGUCUUCCAGCUUUUGGGAGCAGGGGAGGGGUCAGUAGCAGAAGUGGAGGGAGCUCUCUUGCCUGAGGGAUUAAAAUGGCAGCUUGCCAUGCCUAUCCCUUCCCUGUGUGUUUGGGCAGCAGGUUCAGGGCUGGGCCCUUCUUUUCCCUUUUUUUUCUGGGAAUAUUUUGUACAAUAUUUUGUACAAAGAUAGGCAUGAGGAGUGCCUAUUCCAUGCUUGCCUUUGCAAUACCUGCAUCCCCAGCACUGGUCUUGGGCACUUUCCCACCCCAGCCAGGUGUCCCUCCUAAGUACAGGGCAAAGGAGGGAGAUGCUCUGGGGAGCCAGCUCUGGCCAUAUUUCAGGAGAAUGUUUCCAUGUGCCAAAUCAUAGUCCCAUGAUCUGUCCCCAAAGGGGAACAAAGGGACCUCUGACAGCUUGGAUUUAGCCCCAGUUCCUGCAUGCUCCAGGGAACGGGGUGUCUGGCCUCACUGGUACUGUGAAAAUGCUCAGAGAGCAAUCCUGUGUGUGGGGAUGUCAGGUCAGGAGCUGGAAGUUCACCUGUAGGUGCCAAAGAGCAGGCUGGCCAGGGCUAGGGCAGUGCCAGACUCUGAUCUAAGGACCGCAACGGGGUGCGGAUCAGGUCACUCUGCCCCAGUGCUCUCUUGCUGUCUGCUGGCAAGGGGGCAUGGAGCAUCUCUCCCUCUUCUGUUGCCAAAUAGAAAAGGGUCAGGGCAUGGAGAAAGAUGACCCUGAGCCCAAACCUGCCCUCCAAGUCUCGCGUUGGGGAGAGCCUGUGUGUUUGUGUAACUGUGUGUGCAUGUUGGUUUUUGUGUGCAUAUCUGUUUUCCAGGUCUGUGUGAGUCCUUGUGCUCCUGCUCCUCAGCUCUCCACCCCAGGUCGCCUCUCUCCUGUGGGCCUCUGUCUUCUGGGAAUAAAGCAGGGUUUCCUAUUUCAGGGGCUGUAGAGAGAUACCCAGGUUGCACAGGAGAGGGAUGGGGUGUGGUAGCAAAGGGAGGGAGAGGAGUCCUUUUUGUGCCAAAUCCCUAAGUGCCGUUUGGGGGUCAUGUGCGCAGCAUGACUCUCCCUGCCUCUGGCAGGGACCCAAGCACUUGCUUGAGCCCCAGUGCUCCAUGCAGCACUUGAACUGUCUGGGGUUUGGUGGACGGAGGCUCAAGAAUUUCCUGGGUUCCCCAGAUAGUGUCCUGGGACAUGGUUUGCUUUGGGGCUGGGGUAGCAUGGGAUCCUUCGGAGGACUCAGAUACUGGUACUAGGAGCUGGGGAAGGGGAACCUUAAACUUGGCUCUUCCCAGCCUUCAUCCUGAGUCUAACCUGUUUCUGGCUCCCCAGGCCCUUGUGAAGCCUUCAGGGCUGGCAGAAGGGUUAGGAGGUUGAACUCUAGAUUCCCUUCCUAUCUUUGCCUUCCUUUUACCCCUUUCCCUGCAGCCUCCUUGAUUCUGGCCUGAAUUUGGUUGUGCCUCAGUUUCUCUGUCUAUACCUAUUUAAGCCAAAGGCACUAGCCUGAAUUUUGCUUGAAGAUCACUUUGUCUUGGAAAUGACUAGAGAGGCAGAGGUUUCCAGAGUUGCUGGGUUUGGGAGUGGAAGGGGCAGGCAGUGCACUUGCCCUUCCUCAUGCACCUUCUGAUACCAGUUCCCUGUGGGGGCCUGGUUUUUGGGUACUGACUCCCUUGGGCAUCUUCAUGUACCAACCAAAUGGGCCUUCAUGUACCAACCAAAUGGGCAUCUUCAUUAGUCAUGGCAGAAGAGGGGAAAAGACUUGUUACAGACAAAAUCUGCUCCCCUGCCCCGAGCCAUAUCCUUGGAUAGGAAGAGACUACUUGGUGCCAUGAGGUAGGGGUGAGGGUGUAAGUAGAUCAGAGUGGGAAGACCUCAGCCUUGGGUAGCUUGUCUCUGCUUCUUGCCAGAUGGGAGGGCCUGUUCACAUCCUGGCUCCCUGUACCACAGUGCCAGCCAUGCCCUUCCCCUGGGCUACCAUUGCCCCUUUCCUCACCAGUUGGUGGAGGAGUCAGGAGAUGGGAGGCCAUGGGCUUUGGUUUUAUAAUGUAACCACUGUGGGAGGGGGGAGGAUGGUGUACCAUGUAUUUCAGUGAAAUAUUUAAUAUAUUUAAAUAUCAAUAAAAUCAAACUCUUU